AUGAUUUCUGGCAGAGGUGGAGGAAGUACGGCCAUGCGAGCCGGACGCAUUCGGCCUCCGCGCCGCCCAGGUCGCCUCACAUCGGGCAUCGACACCAGCGAUUUCGAGCAGUGUUGGGAGACUCUGAAGCAGGCCCUCACAGACAUCCACGACCAGAACUGCAGCACGCUGUCGUUCGAGCAGCUCUACCGGGCGUCUUACAAGAUAGUACUUAAGAAGAAGGGGGAGAUGCUUUACGAGCGGGUGAAGCAGUUCGAAGAGCAGUACUUCUCCGACCACGUCAUCCCUACCAUCGAGCGCCUGGUCACGGCCAACCUCGUGAGCGCCGCUAUGGGCGGCGCGGCCACCUCGGUCAACGAGCGCCGCAAGAUGGGCGAGAUUUUCCUUGGAGGCGUGCGGAAGUCCUGGGACCACCACAACACUUCCAUGAACAUGACGGCCGACAUCCUCAUGUACCUGGACCGGGGCUACACUCAGGAUGCUCGCAAGGCGUCCAUCUACACGGCCACAAUUGGCCUGUUCCGUGAUCAUAUCCUGCGUGCGUCGCUCAACUCGAGUGGGCAAUACACCGUCUUCGACAUACUCAACUCGGUCAUCCUUGACCACAUCAACAUGGAGCGUGAUGGUGAUACGAUUGACCGCCACUUGCUGCGCAACAUUGUUCGAAUGCUGGAUUCCCUCUAUGAAUCAGACGAGGAAAACGAGGCCGAAAAGCUGUACCUGACCGUGUUCGAGCCCGAGUAUCUCCAAUCCGAGCGAGAAUACUACAAGCGCGAGUGUGAGCGGCUGCUCCGCGACGCCGACGCCGGCGCAUGGCUGCGACACACCCAGCGUCGGUUGCAGGAGGAGAACGACCGAUGCGACACCACCAUCCACUAUGAGACAAGAGAGAGGUCCAUCAAGGUUGUCGAGGAAGAGCUCAUUUCGGCCCAUCUGGACGACUUCUUGAACCUCGAGGGCAGUGGCUUGAAGUCUAUGGUCAACUAUGACCGCGAGGAGGAGCUGUCUAUUCUCUACCAGCUGGUAUCGCGGGUCGACUCUAAGAAGGCGUCCCUCAAGAAGAUCCUGUCUGCGCGUGUGGUCGAACUUGGCCUUGAGAUUGAACAGAUGCUCAAGGAUACGAACUUUUCGGCCGCCACUGCACAGGCUGACGGGGAGGAGAUUGAUGGUGGAGAGAAGGCCAAGGCGCUGAGCUCAUCCGCCCAGCAGACAGCUGCAGCUAUUAAGUGGGUUGACGACGUCCUUAAGCUCAAGGACAAGUUCGACAACUUGUGGAUCAAGUGCUUUCAGCAGGACCUCAUCAUCCAGACUGCACUUACCAAGAGCUUUUCCGACUUCAUCAAUAUGUUCACCAAGAGCUCCGAGUACGUCUCGCUUUUCAUCGACGACAAUCUUCGACGCGGUAUUCGAGGCAAGACCGAGACCGAGACCGACGAGGUUUUGGAGAAGGCCAUUACCGUGAUCCGCUACCUCUCAGACAAGGACCUCUUUGAGCGGUACUACCAGAAGCACUUGGCCAAGCGUCUCCUCAACAACAAGUCGGAGAGUCAUGAUGUUGAGAAAUCGAUGAUCUCUCGUAUGAAGCAGGAGCUUGGCAACCAGUUCACCGCCAAGUUUGAGGGCAUGUUCAGAGACAUGGAGUCAUCUGCCGAGUUGACAUCAGGCUACCGGGACCAUAUCAAGGGCCUGGGCGAUGUAUCGCGCAAGCAGAUUGACCUUGCUGUCAACGUCUUGACGACCAACUCGUGGCCUCCCGAAAUCAUGGGUCGCACGUCGCAGUUCUCCGAGGGCGGUGGUUGCAUAUUUCCCGACGAAAUCAAGCGUCUUCAGGAAAGCCUUCUCAAGUACUAUCUCACCAAUCGCAGUGGCCGCAAGUUGACUUGGCUUGGAUCGACUGGCAGUGCUGAUGUCCGCUGUGUUUUCCCCGCCAUACCUGGUGGUAAGGGUCCUCUAGCUCGUGAGCGAAAGUACGAGAUCAACGUUCCGACAUACGGCAUGGUCGUGCUCUUGCUCUUCAAUGAGCUGGAGGAAGGCGAGGAGCUGUCUCUCGAGGAAAUCCAAGCCAAGACCAACAUCCCUUCCCAGGACCUCGCCAGAACCCUCACUUCCUUGUCCAUCGUCCCCAAGGCCAGAGUGCUGGCCAAGGAGCCCGCCACCAAGAGCAUCAAGCCCGGCGACAAGUUCAAGUUCAAUCCAUCCUUCGUCAGCAAGACUGUCCGGAUCAAGGCGCCCAUCAUCAACGCCACCAGCAAGGUCGAGGGCGACGAGGAACGGAAGCAGACCGAGGAGAAGAACAACCAGACCCGAGCCCAUGUCAUUGACGCCGCGCUUGUCAGAAUUAUGAAACAACGCAAGGAGCUCGGCCAUUCGCAGCUCAUUACCGAGGUCAUUGACCAGCUCAGCAGCCGCUUCAAGCCUGAGAUCAGCCUCAUCAAGAAGCGAGUCGAGGACCUGAUCGUGCGCGAGUACCUCGAACGCGUCGAGGACACAUCGACACCGACGUAUCGCUACCUCGCCUGA